UUGAUGUUGACAUUUAACUAGUGGUUCAACUAGUUUUAGUUUUACUACACUACUAUUUUUGUAAUACCAAAACAUAUAAUUUUUCUAUCAUUAUAAGGUUGUCACAAAAUGGCUUUCAAAAUGAAUUAUAGUUUUGAGGGAAACCCUAAAAACAGACCAGAACAAAAUUUGUCUGGUGCCAGCAAAAAAUUAACUAGAGAUGUACUUCUUCAAAAAACUCACGAGGAGAGAAGGAAACGACAGGAACAACGUGUAAAGCAACAAAGUGCAGAAAUGUUACAAUCGCAUAUUAGAAGUUAUAUUGUACGUAAACACAAGAAAGAAGAAGAAAGAUGUUUAUUUGAUCAGGAAGAAAAUACUGCACCAAUACAAGUACUACUUCCAAAGCUAUUAUUUUUCUAUGACGGUAAAGAUGAUAAAUUAAGACUGUUUAAGAUAUCAGAAUAUCUUGUAAACCAUCAUGCAGAAAUAUUAAGAUACAUGGAUGUUGACACAUCAUUUUCGUGGUCAAUAAAACGGUACCUUGUUUUGUGUCUCAAAAACAUACAUGAUAAUGAUAUGGUUAGACUGUUAAUAAAACCACUUUAUAUUUUUGCUAACAAUGCUCAAACUUUGGAAUAUUUAAUUAGGAAAGGUUAUUAUGGAUAUUUAAGGAAUCUUUUGGAAAAAAAUUAUAAAGAAUUGUUGGAACACAUUAUGGUUCUCAUUCACAGACCAUUUAAAUAUUUAUAUGAAAUGGAAAAUUGCAAUGACAUUGUUUUAUCAGAAUUUUGCUCAAGUUUUUUGAAACCAACACUAACUUAUAAUUUGAAAAAUCUCUUGAUACCGUAUUUGAAGAAUAAGAGGGAUUUACCCUUUGAGAGAAUAAUUUGCUAUCUGAAUAGUGGUUUUCAUUUUGAAAGUACAAACAGCUUAUUUUAUUGCAUACUUGCUUUGGAACCAGAAAACUAUGAACCAAAUUGUGAUAGCAUUCAAGUUCUGGCUAAGUUAAGCUUGAAUAUUCAUCGAUUAAAACCGCCAUACGAUUUAACAACUGAAGAUAGUGAUGAUGAGGAAGAAGUACAAAUAUCCGAAGAGCAAUUAUUGCUCUCAGAUUAUUUAAACAUAAUGAACAAGCCAGAGAAAGUGAGGAAGUGGUUACAUUUUUUUGAAGCCAAUAACGAAAAUAUACAAGUUUUGAACUCAUUUACGCAGCUGUGUCAUAAUAUUUUAUUGGUGUAUAAAGAUUCAAUAAGGAAGUACUUGUUGUUGUACAAACUUGGCUUAAAUAGUAUAUUUUUAAAUAAACUAUGGUUAAACAUAUACAAGACUCAACAGGAAAAUUUGCAAAUGAAGAGUUCUUCUCUAAUAUCUUGGAAAGAUUGCCACACUACGUUAUCAGUUUUUUGUGAUAUGUUCACGUUUUACACGGAAACAUUAACUGAUAGAGAAAAUUCUGAUACAAGUGAAACAUUUACAAAAAAUGAUUUACAUUAUAUGUCAAAAUUGCUGAAGAAUGUGGCCACAGAGUUAAUAGAAGUAGCAUUUCCAAUGUGCAGAUCUAGCGCAAUACCUGCUACACCUGAGAUACUUCAUUUGUACAAAUCUUGCUUAAACUGUGUAAAAAUGCUGUAUAUGUUGGAUAUGAGAAAACAGUUUUGUCCAUCUGGUUUUUGGACUGCAAAGAAAAUCCAUAUAUCACAGGAUUUGUCUAGGAAGAACUAUUUGUCAAAGAGGGCUGUUCAGUUCCAUGGAAUUGUUAACGAUAGAGAUGACGAGGAACAUCUUCCUCCCUUGUCAACAAUUGAGCAGAGAUCUCUAGCUGUACUCGAGGAACUACCUUUUCUUAUAGCCUUCAACACCAGGGUAAUGCUUCUGAGAGAUCUGUGUAGGUACAGUUUAGGAGAAAAUGACUACCAAAGAAUGCAUCACGAGUUGUUAAACGAUAACACUAUUGUUAUUCGCAGGACAUAUCUAUAUGAAGAUGCUUUUGAUAAGAUUUCUACUAAAAGUGAAUCUGAUUUGAAACAUCGUGUGAGGAUACAGUUUAUAAAUAGUGUUGGAUUAGAGGAAGCUGGAAUCGAUGGAGGGGGAAUAUUUAAGGAAUUUAUUAACGAAGUACUAAAAACAGCAUUUGAUCCUAACCGAGGUUUUUUCCUAUUAACAGCUGAUAAUGCACUCUAUCCAAAUCCUAAUGUACAUCUUAUUGUGGAAAAUUUUACGGACCAUUACUAUUUCAUAGGUAGACUGGUGGGCAAGGCAAUUUUUGAAAACAUUUUAGUUGACUUGCCUUUAGCAGAGUUCUUUCUGGCAAAAUUAUUGGUAGAUCGAGCCAGUGCCCAUUAUUUGAAAUCCUUAGAUCCCGUUCUUUAUAGAAAUUUGUUAUAUCUAAGGGAUUAUUCAGGGGACGUUAGUGAUUUAGGUUUGGAUUUUACAACAGUUAGCAACGAUCUGGGAGAAACAAGGGUUGUUGAACUUAAGCCGAAUGGCAGAAACAUUCCUGUGACAAAUGAGAAUCGACUGGAAUACAUUCAAAGACUGGCAGAUCUUAAAUUAAACACUCAGAUAAAAAAGCAAUGUGCAGCUUUCAGAGAAGGACUUAAUAGUGUUGUACCAAUUAUGUGGUUGAAGUUGUUUAAUCACAAGGAGCUACAAGUUAUAAUCGGUGGAGAUACCCAAGAAAUAGAUCUGAGCGAUUUAAGGGCACACACUGUUUAUGGAGGCGAAUUCACUGCAGAUCAUCCAACCAUUAUUCUGUUUUGGAAAAUUUUGCAUAGAUUCACUGAUGUUCAAAAAAAGCAACUGCUGAAGUUUGUAACAAGUUGCUCUAGACCGCCACUAUUGGGAUUUAAGGAAUUAAAUCCCCAGUUUUGCAUACAGUGUUCUGGAACUGAAAAUAGAAUGCCCACUGCAAGCACUUGCCUCAAUUUGUUGAAAAUACCUGUAAUAAGAGAUGAAGAAACACUGAGGAGCAAAUUAUUAGCAGCAAUAGAACAACAGGCUGGUUUUGAACUCUCUUAGAUAAUAUUGUGUAAAAAAUACUUUUUUGUAACAUAUUUAUUUAAUUCAGUUGUACAUAAAUAAAGUAUUGAACCAUCA